UGCGCUGGUAACCCGGCCAGUCGCAGCCGAGCGUGCGGUGGGUGGACAAAUACCUAGCCCACAAAAUGGAUUUUGAACCGAAUACCACUCGUGAACUAUAGUAAACGUAUAAAAUAAUAACCAAACGAUGUUUCGUGCGCGGUUAUAACACACGCACCAAAAAACAAAUAGUGUAUUUUUUUCAUCGUCAAUGUUUCGCAGAUUAUAAAAUGAUACUGGCCGGAGCGGCGCUCGGGUCGAGGUGAGACGCGAUCCGGUUCGAGUCGACGCGAGCACAACUAGCGAAAAAUGCGCUGGAUAUUUCCCGUGCCAGUUCUGCUCAUGUCCUGGUUCGGAGUGGACCAAGUUAAAGGAAACUCCUGCAUCAGAACCGCAUUAUGGGCACUAAGUCUCAGCCCCCUUAUUCAGGCGGAAUGCCAAACCCGCACAAUCUACUGCUACGAGUGUGACAGCUGGACCGACUACCGCUGCAAGGACCCGUUCAACUACACCGCGUUGCCGCGGGACCAGCCGCCAUUGCAGACUUGCAACGGGUGCUGCGUCAAGAUGGUGCGAUACUCAAAAAGCCCGUACGAAGUCGUCCGUCGCACGUGCACCUCCCAGCUUCAAAUAAACCUGUUCAUGGUGGACCACGUUUGCAUGAUGGAAAGUACGGGGACGGGGCACAUGUGUUUCUGCGAAGAGGAUAUGUGUAACUCCGCGCCUGCAGUCGACACUCCAUUGGCCCUCACUGCAUUAGCGAUUCUAGCAUGUGCAUGUAUAAGGUGAAGUAGACGUGUCACACCCAGUUGGGUCAACCGAAACCCUCGAGUGAACCAAUUGGAUGACCCUAGCUGAUUUACUCUUCGUCCAAUAGUAGCUGUAGCCUAGACUAGAGCUUAUUUGAAAGGAAGCUAGCAAUGGUUUUGAUUAGCUUUUGCUGAUGGAAUAAGCACGUAUCAUCAUCAUUCGAUUUACUAACGAUUUUCCAAAUUUAAAAUAGCGUGUAUAUAAUGCUCAGUAAUAGUGAUGCGACGAUCUCGGAACGGUUAUAUCGACGCUUCACUAACGGUCGUUUUGGCCCGAUUUGCUCAUAGAUGCACUUUAAUAGACGUGUGACACCUUAGAUAGAUAAAGAAAUGGAAUGAACUAGCGAGAACUGCCGUAUGAAUUAGACGGAAAUUAUAAAUCUUAAUUAAAGUAGGUUAGGUGUAAUGUAAUUCGUAUGGCAAUAAGCUACCGCCACUGUGUAAGUCGAGUAAAACGGUUGUGUUUCAUGUUUUGUAAGUAGAAGACAGGAUAGGGUCAUUUGAUUCGACGUGAUUCUAUUUUCUGUCUUUGUCUAUCGGUAGUGAGUGGAUGAAGACAAAAUAUAGUUUAGCAGACUGAAAUGACCAAUAUAAUAGAAGCACUUAGUUACCUGAGAGUUUUAUAAGAGAUACAAAAUAGGUGAUACUGUCCAAUCGUAACCUGCGCGUAGGCAGGCCGGAUCCAUAGGCGCGAGUUGACGUUAGCAAUCAAUUAUAGAUUGAGCCAUAGUUUUGCAGGUAGACGACGCUAUUGAAGGACUGGUUGGGGAUGAUUUGUAGUUUUUUUAUCGUAAAAACUCAAGAAUAUUCAGAUCAUUAUAAUUUAAUUAACACUUUUUUCAUUAUAUCUAGCUUAUUUUGGCAAUUUUCCCAACUUAAAAAUCGCUAAUCGAGCUCAGUGCGUUGUUUUUUUGACAUAAGCAUGUUUUCUUUUGUGUUUGCUGGAAAGUCAAAGAUUUCGAGUGUGGUUUGCUUCAAAGAAUUAGCGUAAGGAACAAACUAAAAGCUAGAUUCGUAUAGUAGAACGCUAUGCGGUUAAGUAAGGUUAACUAUAGAGUAAUUAUUAUACGAAAUUAAACACCAAAUAAAUUUUAAUCGUUAAUGUAUAAUAAUAUUUUAAUUGUUAAGUUUUCUGCUUAGUGUUUUAUAAUGAGAUUGGUUAGCAGAGGGCAAAAUGCAUUGAUAGAGGUACAAAUUUGUGUUAACAGUAAUAUACCUAGGAGUUAAACAGCAACAAAGACUGUUAUGUAUAAUUGGAAUAUAUCUCGGACCCAAAUACAUAAAUAUUUUAUAUGAUAAAUAAAGAAUAAUGGCCAAUUAAAAGUGACCUUGUCGAAAUGCAAAUAUAAUAUAAGAAUAAUAAUUCAAUAGAACGGAAACUAUAUUGAGUGUUAAGCAGCUGUAUUUUAUCGAUACUUUUGUCGACUAAGGCACACUUCACGUCCCUAGUGUAUCUGAAAAAUCCCAAUUGAGGUGUAAUCAUAUUGCCGCAUGGCGUCCACGCGUCAAUAUAAAUAUACCUUUAUCGACAAUAAUUUCUUUCGUGGCUUUGUCGGAUUUAGUUUCGCUAGCACGUGCUGGGUGCAUUAUCAAGAAUGUAGUCGAUAUGUAGUUGAUUGUGGUGCGCCCAGCACAAUUAGGGAUCCUCAAAACGUCACACAACCCCGUAACUGUCUACACGUCCUUCCGAACUCCUAACAGUCUUUGCUGAUUUGUUUUUUAUGAUUAUUUUUAAUUUACUGGCAUGCUGAGAUAUGUAUGCGUGGAUAUAGUUUAAUCCAGGCCUUAUGAGUACUAUAUUAGUCAUUAUAUUGUAAGGUAAAUAAGAGUUCAUCUCCGAUUCGAAGAAGAGGCUAAUUUAUGGCUUUUUGAAUUAAAUUAAAUUAGAUUAUUAAUUAAAACUAUUUUUACAUGCCGUGAGAAAGCAAUAUUUUAAAUAUACAAAUACUUAGUUGGUUUAUUAGCAACUGCUCUAGUGUAUGAAAAUAACAGUGAGAAAACCAGUGAAACUAGUAUAACAAUAGUUAAACCAAAUCGCAUCGAUUAUUAUAGUUAGAUACCGGUAUACAGGGUGGAAACGAUAAGUGAUCUCACUCGAUUAUUUCUAAACUAUACAAGAUAUCGAAAAACUGGUUACUGAUCCUGAAAGUGUUCCACAAGCUCUUUCAAACGGUACCAAUAAUAGGUUACAGAAUAAACUGGAACUAUCCCAAAAUUCAAUGUUUCCAGCUUCCAUACUAAAUGUAUGCCGACGACACAUUAUUAGAAGUGUAAUUAUUUUUUGUUAAUUAAUAAACUUAAAAUGUCGGUUAAAUAAACUCGUAACUUGCAUCUUAUUUAAAAUUAUUAGUGAAAAACAUAAGUUUCAGGCUUUACUUGCUAUAAAAUUAUCAAGAGAUGAGUGCCAUGACUGUGAUAGUACUAAAUGUAUGGAAGACGGAAACAUUGAAUUUUAGGAUAGAUCCAGUUUAUUUUGUAACUUGAUAUUGAUACCGUUGGAUAGAGCUCGUGAAGCACUUUUAGGAUCAGUAACCAGUUUUACGAUAUCUUGUGUAGUUUUUAAAAUUAUGUAACUUUACCAAAUGUAUGGAAGCUGAAAACACUGAAUUUUCGGAUAGUUCCAGUGUAUUCUGAAACCUAUUAUUAGCACCGUUUGAAAGAGCUCGUGAAGCACUGUCAGGAUCAGUAACCAGUUUUUCGAUAUCUUGUAUAGUUUAGAAAUAAUCGGGUGAGAUCACUUAUCGUUUCCACCCUGUAUAUCGAUAAAUAUAUAGACACUUGGUGCAUCACUAGGAUACUGCCAAGAGGUUCAGUGUUGCCAGUGCAUUAAAAUGUAAUCCACAAAGAGUAGAAUAAUGCAUACCACGGUAGUUCCUUUACAAAUCCACAGAGCGUUAUUUAAGCAAUUAUAACUGCAAUAUUUGCCGGCGUUUUACAAGCGGCACCUUAUAAUAAGUAAAGUUAUUUUUGCUUUGAUUUACCUCUGUAUAUAAAUAUAAUAUAAUAAUGAGUGCAAAGCAUAUAAUAGAUAAUUUGGUAUGUAAAUUAAUUAUGGAGAUAUAGAUACAUAUAAUAUCAUAUGAAUAGAAAUAAUCUUCCUAUAAUUGUUAUUAAUUAUUUAGUAAUAUUUACCUGACACUUGCGUGUCACCUUUGAGUAUAACUAUCACCUAAUUUUAUAGAAACACUUGAAAAUUAUAUAAUUAAAUUUUAAGUUAGUAAAUAAACAUUUAAGUGUAAUUUUGUUUCAAAACAAUGUCAAGUGUUUCUAUAAAAGUUGUAGGUCUUUUACCUCUAAAAGUAUCACAAUCAUUGCAUGUGGUAAAGUUAAAAUUUUUAAGGCUAGCAACAAUGUUAUGGUAUAGGCGGUCAGGCAUGCGUCACUGCACUGUAGUGGGGCCACAUCCACCCAGCCGCUACACUUGGAAUGCUACGAACGACCCUAAAAAACUACCAUUUAAAUUAGCUGUCAUAACUUAAAAAACUACGUCCGAAAAAACUACCAAAUCACAAUGUGCUGCCAGUAAAUGUACUAGUGGUAGAAAUGUGUUCAAAUGAUGGCUAUUUUAAAUGAGUAUCGUAUCUAGAAUUUUUAUUCUGAGAGCUGUUAAGACAUAAGUACUACAUUUUUAUCCUAUUCGCUUUAAUUUAAUAUAAUAGUGAUAAAUCUAAAAUUGUAAAUGUAGUGUUGGGACACAUUUUUUACGGUUGUCGAUGUUUCCGAUUAAUUAAAUUAGUGGUUUGAAUUUUUUUCGACGGCAACCGUUUCGAAAUGUGUUCCAACACAUUUAUUUAAAUUAAACUUCUUUCUUCACCUUCUAAUUAUUGCAUAUCACGCAUUUAGAUUGACUAGCUGUUCUGAAAACUAACGUUACAUAGUCAAUUAGAGUUUUAACAUAUCUAUGCAGAAUUGGGCUUAAUUGUUGAUCGGGGGCCAUUUGGCCCCCAUUGGGGUUUGUUCAGCAUGAGUUUAUUUUUUGAUAAUAAUAUAACAAACGUCUUACGGACAAAAUUACUUCGCCUUGGGAAAGCUUUAAAAUACACAGAAAUGUAACAUUUAUGAUUUAAUAUUAUUUUGAGAGUGACAAAGAGAAGUGCCUGAUACAAACGACAAAAUAAAAUGAUAGUGCUGUUACUUGUGUGACAAGGUAAUUAAAUUAUCGGUAAAUUUUAUCGAUAUUGUCCUUACAUUGCAGUUACGAACAUAAGCGCGGUAAUUUUGUCCGUAAGUUAUGGAAAAAUACAAAAAAUAAUAACGAUUGCACUUUUGAUUUUUGGAAACACUAACCGGCUGAAGCUUUGCGGGUAAUAUAAAGGCCAGUUGAGUCUACUGCUCGCCGACCAUCGAUAGGGCCACAGAACAAGCGUUUUAGACGAGAGAAUUAUACUUCAUCAACCAUCUUCAUAUUUUAGCCUUACAAUAAUAAAUUUAAGCUUAUGCUUGGUCAGGAUGUUAAAAUCCAACCAAUCAUAGAUUUAAAUCAAUGCUUAGAUUUCUCAUUUAAUUAAGGUUUCCCUUAUAUUGGGAGGGAAAAGUAUGAAAAUUAAAAUCUUUGAAUACACUCAAUAUUAUGAGCUUUGUAUUCGUCGUUCUCUUACUGGCACUUGAAAGUAUCAGUGUCGAUGGUGAGAAAGGAAAAAUCUGAAGGCUUCCACUGAAAGUAUAGCGGGGGAAUAGCUUUCAAAUAUGAAACUAAGUCUACUUUAGGUCUCAUCGACCUGUAUACAAGCCCAUUUGACUCGCCAAAUUUCGAAAUGUUGGUCAUAAUCACUCUGAUAUCUGUCAACAAGUUAUUGAUUAUUUGUUUAUCAAGUAAAUAAGUUGACAAUACAAAAUCAGAGUUUAAAAGACAGCAAGGUAAGGUGGAAUUCACAUGAAACAUCAGUCACAAAAAGACAUAAAAAUCUCGCACCGAAAAUGCUUAUUCUCUGGCCGUAUUAUAAACAUACUGUGGUCCGUUUUCAUUUUUUUCUCAUGUCAUCUGUUGGUCCGAAAUGAAUGGAAAAACUAUAUUUAAGUUUAUUUCUAAGUAACCAUUCCGUUUGGGACAUUUUAUGUAUAAUUUUUGAUUUUAUUUGGCAAAGUUAUUGUGAAUACUAAAGAAGCGAUAUUGUAAAAUAGAAAAUUUGCCUUUACUACUUAUUUGUCGUCAACCACAAAAUUGCGAAAUUCUCCAAUAGAUUUUGAACUUUAUCUUUUUAGUGUACAAAAUCAUUUGCUAUUUUGUGGUGAAUCAGUCAUUGUUAAAAAUAAUGUUACAAAAUUGUAUUUUUAUCGAUAACUAUUUACUAAAUUGUCGACAGUUGGACAUCUGUAGUGUUCAAAAUUAAAAAAUAUUGUUUAAAAAUAAAUCCAUUGUAAUAAACUUAGUCACAAACUUAACUUUAUAUAAUUGUAUUAAUUGAAAUAGUUUUGUUCUUCAAUCGCAAAUGUUAUCAUAAAGAUUUAUAUAGAUUUUUUCAUCAAAAUUAAAUCAAAAUGUCAUGAACGGAAUGGUGGAAUGUAAACCGAUGGUUUGAAUCUAAACUUUCUAUUUUUUGACAAUAAAAAAGAGCAGUAUUAAUGAACUUUUAAAGUCUAGGCUUCGGUGGCAAUUUAACAAAAAUAUUGUACAAAAAAGUUUUUACGCGUGGGGGAAAGAUAACACUUUACAGGCUCAAAGUUUUACAGUGUAUCUUUUUCUUUCAUACGCUAAAACUAGACUGUGAAUAUUUUAUAAAGAAUUUAUGGUACAGGUUUAUUUCUUUGUUAAUUUUAUAACUUGCAUAAGAAGUAAGAAGACAUUUAAAAAACCCAAAAAUAUUAUGUCAUUUUAACUCAAAUGAUGUCAUGCGAUUCGUCAUUCAAAAACUUUGAAAAAAAAAAUUCGUUUCCUGAUACGUAUCAAGUAUGUAUGGAACCGGUAUCAUUUAGUUAUCUGUAUUUUUAUUGAUAUCAAAAUAGUUUUGUACGUUUUAAUAAGGUACCGGUUCAAGUCAUAGAACCGGUUUAGACAAAUACUGAUUUUUGAAAGGAUUUACCGGUUUUUUGCCACUGGACUCUAGACUGCGCUACUUCCUCCUAGCUUCAAACCUAAGGGAUAAUGCAAUUGUUUCGUCGAUAUUGAAGUGCCAUAAUUAUAGAGAUAUUGUUAUAAA